GCGGCCGCCGAGCCGAGCGGACGCCCUCGGGGUCGCGCCGCAGCCCUCUGCGCUCCCCCCUAUCAUGCCCCGGGCCCGGGCCCGGGCCGCCCAAGCAGCCAGGACACCAUGCCCGACGGCGGCGGAGGCGACAGCGGGGAGGUGCCCGCGUUCGUGCCGGACGGCGAGCCGCUGCGGGAGGAGCAGCGGCCCUUGAAACAGUCCCUGGGAAGCUCCCUGUGCCGAGAGUCGCACUGGAAGUGCCUGCUCCUUACGCUGCUCAUCCAUGCCUGCGGCGCCGUCGUGGCCUGGUGUCGCCUGGCCACGGUGCCACGGCUGGUCCUGGGGCCCGAGGCAGCCCUGGCCCGUGGGGCCGGGGGCCCACCCCCCACCUACCCAGCCAGCCCUUGCUCUGACGGCUACCUGUACAUCCCGCUGGCCUUUGUGUCCCUCCUCUACCUCCUCUACUUGGCCGAGUGCUGGCACUGCCACGUGCGGUCCUGCCAGGCGCCACGCACAGAUGCCAACACCGUGCUUGCCCUGAUCCGCCGGCUGCAGCAGGCGCCGCCCUGCGUCUGGUGGAAGGCCACCAGCUACCACUACGUGCGCCGCACCCGCCAGAUCACCCGCUACCGGAACGGCGACGCCUACACCACCACGCAGGUCUACCACGAGAGGGCCGACAGCCGCACAGCUCGUGGUGAGUUUGACUACUCAGCACACGGCGUCCGCGAUGUCUCCAAGGAGCUCGUGGGCCUGGCUGACCACGCGGCCACGCGGCUGCGCUUCACCAAGUGCUUCAGCUUCGGCAGCGCCGAGGCCGAGGCCUCGUACCUCACCCAGAGGGCCCGCUUCUUCAGUGCCAACGAGGGCCUGGACGACUACCUUGAGGCCCGCGAGGGCAUGCACCUGAAGGACGUGGACUUCCGUGAAUCCCUCAUGGUCUUCGCGGACCCCCGCAGCCCGCCCUGGUACGCCCGCGCCUGGGUCUUCUGGCUGGUGUCGGCGGCCACACUGUCCUGGCCACUGCGCGUCGUGGCGGCCUACGGCACGGCCCACGUGCACUACCAGGUGGAGAAGCUUUUUGGUGCCAGCUCUCCCCCACCCGGGGCGGUGCCCAGCGGGCCCCCGCUCUCCCGCGUGGCCACGGUGGACUUCACCGAGCUGGAGUGGCACAUCUGCUCCAACCGGCAGCUGGUGCCCAGCUACUCGGAGGCCGUGGUCAUGGGCGCAGGCUCCGGCGCCUACCUCCGCGGCUGCCAGCGCUGCCGUCGCUCCCUCAGCAGCAACUCGCUGCCCCCAGCCCGGCCCAGUGGGCCCCGCCUGCCUUUCAGCCGCAGCCGCCUCUCCCUGGGAGCUGGGGGCCGGGCCACGCCAGGGGUCUUCCGAAGCCUGAGCGGGGGGCCACUGGGGCGCCGUGGAGAGGACACAGAGCCCCUGGAAAGCCCACCAUGCUACGAGGACGCCCUUUACUUCCCGGUGCUCAUUGUCCAUGGUGACAGCGGCUGCCAGGGGGACGGGCAGGGUGCACUCUGAGACCCACGUGGUCCCCGGAGUGGCCUCCUCCCCACCAUCCCGCCAUGGGCUUUGAUGCCUGAGUAGUUGUUGUCCGAGACAGGAGGGAAAACAGACCAGCACGCGAGGGGUAGGGGUGGGGUAGAGUCCUUAAACAGACCGAAGCACAGUGACCCAGCGUCAUUUUGGGGGUGAAUGGACACCACUGAAGUUGAGUCUGUGAACUGUCCCAGCAUGGCUCCCUCCCCCCACCCACCACUACCACGUUGCACCGUGCAAUGGCUGGUGAUCCAGCUUAGGGCCCUCUCAGGUUGAGGGGGGUGGUUUCCAGAAAGCCUGGGAUGGGGGAGGAUUCCUGGGGACAGCUGUUGCAUGCGGUCGAGGGCUGCCUCUGGGCUCUUCCCUGCAGAGCCGAGGCCACACUGGGAGCCCUCGAGCAACCCAGAAGCACAAAUUGGUGGUUUGGGGCCAUGCCCGGUUGGGCUGGCCUCCAUGAAGCUGGGGGGUUGGCUGUGGCAGCUCCACAGCCUGGGCCCCACUACCGGCCCCAAGUGCCCAUCCUCCUCCCCUAACAAGCUCCUCCCUGCCUGCCCUCUGGUCUCUGCUCAGGGCCAGCCCCCGAUCAGACUCUGCGGCACAGCCCCUGUACUGGGAGCCCGGUUCUUGGAGCACAGCCUUGUCCCCCCGUGGCCCUCUGUUUUUCCCUAGUGUACCCUCCCCCCACAUCCAGCUCCCCUAUGACCUGGGGUUCCUUCUCAGGGCCCCGCCUUGAUCCCACAUCUCCUGGUCUCGCUCCUGUCCCCCCAAAGUCCACCUCUGCUUCUAUCAGCCACGCACACACCCCCAGGCUUUCCCUCUCCUUGCUCCUCCAGACUUCUCUGCUCUUCACCCUCCCGAUGACCCACGGGGCCCAGGGCCACAGGGCAUCCGAGGGACCUCGGCCUUGGCCACAGCCUCUUGGACGAUGCACCUGCUCUGCCACGGAGGCCCCUGCUUCUCCCAUUGGUGGGGCCUGGCCCAGGGGACACCAUCCCUCCUCCGGGGAGGAGAGAAUAGUCCCCUCCCAGCUGGGGUUCCCACCACCUCUCGGGGGCCAGUGGGGGAGGGAGGAGGCAGAGAAGAUGCAGAUAAAAUAAAAGGUAUGAAAUGGAAGGUCUUCUCACGUGCAUUCCUAUGUGGUGGGUCCAAGGCCAAUACAAGCACAAUGGGCCACCCUGGGUCAGAGAUUCAAUGCUCGGUUCUGGAAGGGGAUGCCGGGUUGGGCUCCAGUGCUCCCAGGAACAGGGUAAGCUGAGAGGGAACCCUGCCCAGCCGGGGGCCCAAGACUCAGGUUUGAGUUGCUCUGAGCAGCUGACUCCAACCGACUGGUAUCUGGGUCACUUCUAACGCAUUGUCCAAGUGGUCCAUCUUCCAGCCCGGUGGGGGUUUUCAUUCCACUGCUGGCAGGCUGGGGACGAAGUAGACCAAAGUGGAAGAAAAGAGCUAAGGUCUGUGGUGCCAGUUCAGUGCCCCCGGUGGCCACUGGUGUCCAGGGGAGUGGGUGCUGAGCAUGUCGGAGGACACAGGGUGGGGAACAGCCAGCCCCACAACAGCACAUGGGAUCUGAAGACCGAGAACAAGGGCAAAAGAAGGGCCUCACUCACUCCUGGCAGUGGCAUCUUCCCAGGUACAGCCGUGUAGGGUGUUCACUGUGCCAGGGCACUGGGCUGCAGGGCAAGUGUGGGUGGAAGCCAGCCCACGGGCCGCUCCUCCAGCCCCAGCAUGGAGCUGCACCCAGCUGCGUAAAGGCACCAGAGGGACUAGUGGUGGCUCUAGAAGGGUGCUGGGAAUAGGUGGGAUUUGCCUGGGCAGAGACAGGGCAGAGGGUGUUCUGGGCCAUGGGAGCUGCCUGCACAAAGGCCCGGACGCAGGGCAUGAAGCAAGGUGCGAGGAGCAAGUAGAAGCAAAGAGCCAUGGAACAGCUGGCUGAGGCCUUCAAUACCAAACCCCAGAAUUUGUCCAUAAGCCGGGGAAACGGGAACCACGAACGUGGUUGAGCAGGUAAGUGACAAAGUCAGGGCCACGUUUUAGAAUUUUGGGCGAAGUCCAGCUGCUGUCGGCCAUGGGGGAGGGUGGUGUUAGACCAAAGCUUUCCCUGGGCAUCACUGCCUCGCUUCUUUGGGAGUGAAGUCAGUUCUUUGUUCAGAAGCAACUUGAAAAACUAUGGUACCCAAGCAUUGUAGGUCGCUGCGGGGAGUGUGUGUGUGGAGGGGGGGGAGGUUUAGUGGUUCCAGCUCCUGCCCAUGGAGACGAUUUCCUUCUCCCAAUUUCCUGCUCUAAUACCACAGUCACGAACUACCUGCUAGCUAUGAUCCGCUAUCCUCUCCUUCUCAACAGCAGAACCCCAGUUUUACUUCAGAUGGCAAUGAGCCCAGCUAAAAGGCAACAUUUCUAGCCUCCCUCGCACAUAGAGUGUGACUGUGUGACUUAAUUUUAGGUUAUGAGAUAUAAGCAGAAGGUGUUGGAAAGGAUUUUUAAGAAUGCUCCUUGACAUAGAAAUAU